CGUGCCCGCAGACAGCGUGUUGGCCCCACUGCGGGAGGCACUGGCCGCCUGCCGCCCGACCGUGCAGAAACAAGUGUGCGACGACAUUGGGCGGCGCCUGACGGUGCUGGGAGAUGCCUGGGCUCAGGGGAAGCUCUCGGUUCCGGGGAGGAAGAGGAUGAGCCUCCUGGUGCAAGGUGAGGGCCAAGGAGGGGCGGACAGUGACACAGACGGCGGUGCUGAGCCUGAGGCUGAGCCUGGCCAGGAGGAGCCCUGA